UCUGUUCCUGUUCUUAUGACCAGUGGGGUUCCACAAGGCUCCGUACUUGGUCCCGAACUAUUCAAAAUCUUCAUCAACGAUCUCCCGGAGGUGCUCCAAAUAGACUGCUUGAUCUAUGCUGAUGAUCUUAAACUUUGGUCGGAAGUAUCCAGGCUUGAAGAUGCUGACAGGUUGCAGCUGACGCUCGAUCUGCUGCACGAUUGGUCGGUCAAGUGGCAAAUGCCUAUCAAUCGUGAUAAGUGCUGUGUUCUCCCGAUCGGUGAUCAGGAACCUUUCGGUGCUUACCACAUCGGUGGUUUUCUGUUGAAGAAUGUGGUUGGUGAGAAGGACUUGGGUGUACUUAUUUCUCCAGACCUAAGAACAACCCAGGACACGUUGCGGAAGGUAGCAUCUGCCACCAGGAUGCUCUGUGCCAUACGAAGGUCGUUUUACAAAUUGACUCCGCAGAACUUCAGGCUCCUGUUUUCCUCCCACGUUCGUCCAAUACUGGAAUACGGCCUACCUGCCAUACACCCACUCACGAAAUUUGAAUGUGAGUUGAUUGAGAAGGUCCAGAGGCGCGGAUCCAAGUCUGUGUCUAUGCUACGUGUUUUACCUUAUCCCCUUCGUCUCCAAUGCAUGAACUUAUUUACUCUGGACUACCGCCGUCGCCGUGGUGAUUUGAUUUAUACUAGACGCAUUUUAAGGGGCGAUUUGGGGAAGGAGUUGCUGCAGUUUUUCCAGCUCAACACAGAUUGUUCAACACGGGGCCACAGCUUGAAACUUUUCAAACCUCGGCGGAACCAUAUCCGGUCCGAUAUCGCGUUAUCCACACGGGUUGUGAAUGAGUGGAACAAUCUUCCUGAAUGUGUGGUAAGUGCCCAGACAGAGGAAUGUUUUAAAGAACGAUUGGACAAGUACAUGCUGAGCAUGCCUGGAUUCCGCUGUUUUUGCUGCAGCUGCAACAAUCCCUCGGGGAACACAGUUUAGCAUCGACAGGUCAUCCAGCCAAUGAACGGGAGGUGAUGGAGCUGACACGGGUCUUCCCUUCUGCUCUCUACAACUCUAUGAA